CAGGCUUCCAGUGAGUGAGUGAGCGCUGUGUAUUCCUGCCUCUCUAUCUUAGGAUCUAUGCGGCUUCAACGAUAAAGCAAAGACGUACCCUUUAAGACAAAACAAACCCCCCAAAAAAAAGCCAUAGAAAAAAAGCCUAAAUAUUGCAUACUGGAUCUUUUUUUUUUUUCUACAUGCGACUCCAAUCGGAAUAAAUAAUUGAGGAAUGUGGAAAUUACAGAAUGCCCAACAGCGCUGGAAAGAGAUUUAAACCCACCAAAUACAUCCCAGUGUCCACUGCUGCCACACUCCUUGUGGGAUCGACCACUUUAUUUUUCGUUUUCACGUGCCCCUGGUUGACAAAGGUAAUCUCUCCCGCUGUGCCUCUCUACAAUGGCUUGGUCUUCCUCUUCGUCUUGGCCAACUUCAGCAUGGCAACCUUCAUGGACCCUGGUGUUUACCCCAGAGCCGACGAGGACGAGGACAAGGACGAUGAUUUUCGAGCACCGCUCUACAAGAACGUGGAGAUCAAGGGCAUUCAGGUCCGGAUGAAAUGGUGCGCCACCUGUCACUUCUACAGGCCGCCUCGCUGCUCGCACUGCAGCGUCUGCGACAACUGUGUGGAGGACUUCGACCACCACUGUCCCUGGGUGAACAACUGCAUUGGACGGAGGAACUACCGCUACUUCUUCCUCUUCCUGCUGUCGUUGAGCAUCCAUAUGGUGGGAGUUUUCUCCUUCGGCCUCAUCUUUGUUCUCCACCACCGCGAGAGACUGGCAGCACUGCACACCACUGUCACUCUGGUGGUGAUGUGUAUAGCAGGGCUUUUCUUUAUUCCAGUCAUGGGACUCACAGGUUUCCAUAUGGUGCUUGUUGCUCGAGGUCGAACGACCAAUGAACAGGUGACGGGCAAGUUUCGUGGAGGAGUAAAUCCCUUCACCAAAGGUUGCUGUGGCAACGUGCAGUAUGUCUUAUGUAGUCCCCUGGCACCUAGGUACAUGUUGGACCCCAGGAAAAAGCCCCAUGUCAAAAUUCAGCCCCCAUUCAUCAGACCUGACCUGUCACAGAGGCAAAUCACCAUCAAGCUCAGCGACAACGGCAUCCACAGCACCAUCACCAGCUCCAAGUCCAAAAGCAGCCUGGACGGCCUCGACGAGAAAGAAACCCAGCCACCGCUGCCGCCCAAAGCUGACAGGUACAACCAGCUGAAGAGUCAGCUGACCUCCAGCGAAGACAGUUCUCUCUCUGGAAAGACCCACCCGUCCACUCCAGCCAUGUACAAAUUCAGACCGUCCUUUGGCACCAUCCCCAAAGUCCACUACCACGCUGCUGGAGAGAAGAUUGUCAUGCCAGAUGACCGGAAGAACUCGGCCAUCUUGGAAGAGGGUGUCCGUGGUCAUGACUACCGAUCUGAGCCCAACCUGGACCUGCCUGAGUACACCAAUACUCCUCUCCACCGCACCUUCCAGUCCUCUCCCCUCCAGCUGGACGCCGACCCCAUCAACUCCCACUCACUCAGCCUGAAGCAGGGUCACCGCCGGCCAGAGAAGGGCCAGCUUCCAGCCCUGCAGCCGCAGACAGUCACCUCCACCCCGUACAAGAGCGUCUUUUCGCCCAACACGCUCUCCAACCGUAAUGGGAGCUUGUCUUAUGACAGCCUGCUCAACCCCAGCAUCUCCCCGGCCGCUGCCAGCGAGUGCAUGGCCCAUCGUGGUAUGCCCUCCAUGGGGUUCCACUCGCCCUACCUGCCCACCAAAAUGUGCCACAUCCGGGAAACUGACUUGCAGAGGCAUCAGGUCGCCCCCACCUACAGUCCAGUGAUGCCACCCAGAGGAGUGGGCAGGCAAUCCCCUCACCUAAAGGACAGGGACCCAUCCCCGGUGCGCUAUGACAACCUCUCCCAGACCAUCAUGGCCUCCAUCCAGGAGCGAAAGGAGAUAGAGGAGAGAGAAAAACGGCAGAUACUGCAUGGGCGCUCCCAGACCCAUAUCUAUGCCCAGGACUCUGGCGUGUUUGAUGGGGGUUAUGGCCUACCCCCCAAUGCUUGCUACCCGGAUGGGCCUCGUGGCCCUGGCUCCAGAGGCCCAACACCCCCAGCUUAUGGAGGCUCCAGGGACAACCUGAUGGGGGUCGGCCUGGUGAGCUAUGGGCAACGAACCCCCGUUUUGCGCCAUGCCGGCUCCACGCUGGGUCGUGCCCCUAGGACUUCGUCCACCUCCCUGCACACAGAUCACAGUAGCAGCAACAGCAACCAGAGCAGGGCCGUUUGCCCUGAGGGCCUUUAUCGUUCCCCGGCCCAUCAGCCCCACUCUCCUGCUAUGCCCCGAUCCCCCUCCUACUCCCACCAGAAACACUCCUACAUCAGUGCCCUUGAGAGGACAGAGUCAUCUCGUCUGGGGGGCCCAAGAGAGGCCAUGAAAGUUAACGGGCAGAUGGACUGCCACCCCAAUGCCCAGGGUUCCACCAUCAGCCCCAGUCGCCACAGUAACGUCAAAAAGGUGACGGGUGUAGGAGGCACCACAUAUGAGAUAUCAGUGUGAGCAGGAACACUGCAUCCACCUCCAAUGACAACAACCACACUGCUGAUGAGAUAUUCUCUGAUUUUAGUGAAGAUAACGGACAGUCAGGGGCACAUAGCGCCCCCUGUUUUGGAUUAAUUGUCCAAUCAGAGGAUGUUUCUGCCCUUGUGUGGGUCCGUCUAGCCAAAUGCCUGUGUAUGUUCGUACCGGAGGGUUUUGUUUGUCAGUUGAUACCGCUGCAGGCUGUAUGAGUGAGGAGUGUCUUGUCAUUAUCAUUUUGUGGCUUAUCAUCUUGGUCGUAAGAGGGUCGUAAUACUGUUGUCUCUCCGCUGUGGUCAUGAAGCGUUCCAAAUGUCACACAAACUUUCCUCUAGCAAGUGCUGAUGCUGAACAAAAACACUACAGGUGAAUUAAAACUCUUCUGUGACAAGACUAAAGUCCUUUCCAACUCAUUUGAUCUCAAGAAGUCAAGGUGCUUCACCUUAACUUGUACUGUUCAUGCCAUCUCCAGCGUAGUUGUACAGCUUUGAGAAAUGAUGGAGGACCGAUCAGUUAGAUCAGCACCAACUGCAUUUGCAGGUAACACAAGAUUAUUGAGGUGAGAAGCUGGGGAAGGGGAUAUCCAGAAGGGGAAGUCCUCGUAUCAUGUCUGGUGGUUGCAUUCAAAAUGUAUUGAGAAAGGCGUGUUGAUAACAAGAUAAAAAUAAAAAUGAAAUUCCUUGCUUAUCAAAAACAAAUUUCUCAGGAAUGAAUGCAACCAGCAGAGAUCCUAGUUGAUAUUAAUUCAUAAAUGAUGAAUGGCUCCUUCUAUGUCUCAGAUUAUAAGGGCUUGAAUACAGCUUAGCCCCCUUUAUUCACAUCACAACGGUGCAGUACAUCAUCAUAGGCCUCUGUUUGUCUUAGUGAAGUUCAGUUAGGUGAUUUAAACAUGACCCAUGACACAAGUGCUGGGCAGAAAUAUUGGCAUCCAGAAAUAUUCUAAUACCUCAUCCCAAGAAAUCGGAGUCCAGCCUUUCACAACCAAAACAACUUUCUGUUUCUGUUUUGUCAAAAAAAAAAAAAAAAAAAAAAUAGAUACCUUGUUUAGUGUGUAAGUUGUUUGUGUUAUUAUCAUAUGAAUAGAGAGGUGUAGAGAAACAAGCCAUUGUCCCAUGUAGUAAAAUGAAUAUAACUGGUCAUCCAUUUAUUAUUUUGUAUUUUUUUUUUUCAAUGGGGUUGUUUCCUUUUUAUAUAGCCAGCCUUUCAAAAGCUAUGUUUGAUACAUUUUUUUAUAAAGUUAAUUAAGCCUGGAAUGGAUGUUUUAUUUUGAGUGGAGUUAUUUCUUAAUAAAUUAUAAAUUCAGUAAAUAAGUGAGGUCAUUAUAAUGGGUAAAAAAAAAACAUAAAUAUAGCUUAUUCUACCUUGGUAUGAUGAAAUGUAAAUUACAAGAUAUGUGAUUUGAGCAAGUGAAAUAUUUAAAUCAGUCGUUGACUCGUGAACGGUCAUUAAAUUGCCAAUGUGUGCUGUACACAAGUCAAGGAUUGGGCUUUCAACAGAUGCUGCCUUGAGAUUUCCGUGUCAAAAGUGGCUACAUACUCCUUCAUUUCUCAGAGACAGUAAAUGGGUGACAUUGCUACUAUGUCACAGUGACAUUACGAAGACUGAAAAUGUCAAAUCAAUCAAUUUGCAGCAGCUGUCUGGUACAGCUCCAGUAUUACCCGGCACUCAGAGAUGCAACACUUUUUUUAUUAUUAGUGUUUUUGCUGCUGAUUGAAAAAAAAGUCACAGAACAUGUAUUACUUUCGACCAUAAAAAAAUUAUUGAUAAAAUCCAAGUUGACAGUUUUAAUUUAUAUUUUGCACCAACUGAAUAUGAAAAAAAAAAAAAAAACAUGCCGGAACUUACAUAGAUGUAAAUUGGUAGAAUUGGUCCAGCUACAUUUGCAUGAAGAAUAAACCAUUGUUGCCUUUUAAGAGGAAAAGCUACACACACAAUGACAUGUGGCUCGGUGAAACACUAUUGUACACUAAGGGACAAUGAGCUAACGUUUGUGUUUUGUACGGAGCAGAAAAAUGGCAGGAGUGACACAUGUGGGAAACUUGUAGGAGUGGGUAAGAAAGUUGUGAAAGAAAGGGCAACGUACAAGGUAAUGAUCUUGCUUCAUUAUGAAAUGCCCGCUUUCUACAGGAUCUUUUUUUCUUCCCAUUUCUGGUGCAUUCAUAGAUUUCUUUCUCCUGAGUGUGAAGGCCAGAAGCUGUUGUAGAGUCUUGCUUUCUGACAGGUUGGACGAUAUCAACACUCACCAUAGUAACAACCUUCUAGCUCGUAUGGUCUCCCUUCUAAGGAUACACUCAGCUGCCUUACCAUGAUAACAGGAUACUCUAUUCAAGUCAUGUAUAUCUGAAUUGUUAAACAUUGUCUCUGUUGUAAGGCUGUGGUAUACAGGGAUACUUUUUUUUAGGCCAGAUCUGAUGGGUAAUUGUCAAUGGAACAGCUAACUGGAACAUCUUGAAAUACCUGAAAAAGACUGUUAGCUGCUCAGUUGCCUGAAAACACCCCCCGUCUAUCAUGACCACAUAUGAAGAUAAAAAACACUUUCGAUGUCAUUCCUCCUUAAGAUGACUGCCAUUGGUCCAAUGUUCUUUUUUUGGGAUGGACAUCGCUGCAGGUCAGGGACCAUUCCUGACAGUCAGUAAUGAAUCUGUUUUAUCAGCCAUGAGCUGAUUUUGUUUUCUGAAAUCUAAAUAGAAAAUUCAAUAUGUAUUAAAAUAUGGAAUAUAUUAUAAAUGUACAUGUUCCUAUUUUUGUGAAGAGGAAAUAUUUCCCGAUCCGAGCAGAGUACCGGUAAAUAAAGUUUCCAACUCUGAGUGAUUUUUGUUAAAAAAGGCCCAAUGUGUAACAACUGCACAACAUUCACAGCAUUUUAUAUUCCAUAGAUGUUACUUUAGUUGACUUUACUUUUUCCUAUGCACAUAACCACUCACAUUAUCUUGACUCCUCUUACAACCCUCAACACAAUCGUGUUUUAUUUAUAACUGCACAUUUUAUCGUUAGCUUCAAGUGAUUUUUACAUGAACGCAAUUGGGUCUUUGACAGCUUUUAUUCGAAGGUGGAGGAAAAACUUCAAAUCAUUUGAGUGCAAAUGAAAAGCAACAUUUCAUCCAUAUACAUGUAUUUACAGAUGCACUGGCACUUUAGAGGCAAGGUUAAGAACUCAUUUAGUGGAAAGAAAAGGAGAGGGUGGUGAGCACACAGAUCAGAUAGGGCACACUCUGUUACAUAUACUCUACAUGCUUUAAGUCUGGGAAUGUUACGAUCUACAGAAAACUUAGGUCAGAGCAUAGCUGUACCAAACUCUGAUGAACCGUUGACUUUGGACUUUAAAUGAAAAAAAAAAAAGGAAA